UGAAAUUUGUUUUUUUUUUAACUUUUAUUAUCGGUACAGAUAAAAAAUAUCGUGCAUGUUUGGGAAGUAGGGCAGUUAACUUCCUCGUUAUUGUCAGCUGCAAUGACAGGUUCGUCUUUAACCCAUUCUCCAUAUCAUGUGACGAUAUUGGUUGUAUUGGAUUUAUCACAACCGGAGAUUUUGUGGAAUACAUUAGAAGAAGCUCUUUCGGUUGUUCGUAGCGCAAUGAAAAUGAGUUACGAUAACAAAAUGAUUCAAGAGCUUAAACAACAGCGUAUUAAAGAAAGGAAAAAAGCAGUGGAAAAAGAAGUUGAUCCAUUUCCAUUGAAACUUUGCUUUAUAGGUGGGAAAUACGACCAAUUUAAGGAUUUAGGCUUCGAUAAAAUAGAACUAGUCGGGCAAACGUUACGAGCUGUAGCUCAUAUUUUAGGAGCAGGACUUUAUUAUCAUUCCGCGAAAGAUAAGUCUUUAUUACGAAGAACUAAAGAUUUGUUAUCUCACUACGGAUUUGGCACUCAAUUAUCCGACAUCAAGUGUAUGGAUUUCGAGAAGCCAUUAGCAAUGUCGGCCGGUGCUGACUCCUUCUCAUCGAUCGAUUUGCAAUUUCCUCAAAGCAGAUCUUCGGCUAUCUUAGAUACCAUCAAACAGAUUUACGUUACUCGUAUACCGCAAGAGUCAAGAAGCAACGAAAUUGUUCUAGAGGAUCCAAGUAACGAUCCCAACUUUAAUGAACCGAUCAUCGAUAGAUUACGAUCUCAGAGAGAAGAGGAAAUUAAUAUUCUUCUUCACGAUAUGUUAGAAGGGCGCAUACCGCAAAUUCCAAUUCCGGAUCCAUCAUGAGGUUAGAUAAUGUUUUGCUGCAAGAAUUUGUUAUGGAU